CAUUCUCUCACCAUUAUUAGCGAGUGCAUUUAAAAGCUUGGCAAGAAUGAGCACACGGCAUCACUUUUCCCAGCACUUGUUUUCAAAAGCUCCAGCCAAAAUAAUAAGAAAAAAUCGUUUGAAUGAACAAGCUUGGGCCGCAACACUUUUCAUGUUUAUGUACUGUAUAACGAGUUGGGCAGGUGAGGGGGCUGGCUAGUUGAUCUGCUCUAUAGACCGUUUGAAAACUCCGGUGGUAUGUAUUUCUAGCGUGUCUGCUUCGGGUUGUUAUUGUUGUGAUUCUCUCGCUUGCUUAUCGCCAGCGUGUAAAAAAGUAUGUCACAUUCGAAUUCGAAUGCCACAAACUAUGCCAAGAUGAUGUGCGGGUUCUGCUAUGCCUAAUCCUAUUUCCUUAUCCGGGAAUCGUCAGGAUCCACGCCAUUGGCUCCCACUGUCACAUGGAUUCUUAACUUUGUUCACUUGACAGAAAGUAGGAGGGUUCUACGAAACAGGAAAACGAGUAAAGCGAUAGAUAUAAAUUUUAGUAUAUUUUGUGUGCAAUUCAAAGAAAUUAAUGGCCAUGAGUUCCUAUUUGAUCAACUCCAACUAUGUGGACCCCAAAUUUCCACCCUGCGAGGAAUAUUCACAGAAUGACUACCUACCCAGUCACUCUCCGGACUACUACAGCGCCCAGAGACGAGAGUCUGCGUUUCAGAAUGAGUCGAUCUACCACCAGCGGUCGGGCUGCGCCGACCCACCUUACACGACGUGCCAGGGUCCGGGGCAGCCCGCGGUGGUGAUGUCUCCACGGGGUCACGUCCUCCCCCCAGCCGGACUCUCAACCCCUCUCCCGGAGCCUAGCCACCAUUGCGACUCCGUAACUCCAAGCCCUCCACCCGCCUGUGGCCAGAAUCCCCUCAACCAAAGCCCUUCCACGGCCAGCUCUCGCAAGGAUCCCGUGGUUUACCCCUGGAUGAAAAAAGUCCAUGUAAACAUCGGUAAGUGCUGCUAACUUCUCCCUACUCUGCGUCUUUGUGAGCGUGAAUCAGUUUACCUAAGGUGGGAAGCUGAGUGUUCGGUGCUAAAUCUCCCCUCGUGAAGUAGCCCUUGGUCUAGAUUUACGAUCGGCUGUUUGCAGGGCAAUAUAAUUACAUCCUCCAUAAAUUUUUAUUGCACUUCUUCGCCAAGCACCUUUGAAGUCUAUGCAACCUAGCCCUUCUAAUUUCUUCCUAAGAUUGGUUUUAUGACGACUCGACUAUCCCAUAAGUUAAGUUUUAUGCUUUGGUAAUUUGAUUUUAAGUGGUUGGAUGUAUAAACGUGUACUUUCCUCUGUCACCUCUAUAUUGUUCAUGGAAAAGUUUUAUGGAAGCUAAAAUAUUCAUAUUUAUAGUUGAACCAUAUAAUGGACCCACACAACUAUUCUGCAAUGAUUAGAGUGUGUGCUUUGAGAACUAGACCAUGCAGUCAGACAACAACAAAUGCGACUAUUGCAAAGUCACCGUUUAAAGACGUUUCCCUGUGCAUACUGCAAGCGCCAUUCGCCAGAAAUUCAAAAUGAAGGAGUUAGGGCCUUACUUUUAGAUAGGUUAUUAGGUUUGUAUUUUAUUAGACUUUUUGUGGGUACUAUCCACUGUGUUUUGUCUAGUUUUGAAUUAGUUGAAUCAUUAUCCAUCACCCAUUCAGGCUCUACAAACCCUCAUGCGCCCCCCAUUCACAGUGAACGUAUACAAAAUACAAUGAGCAUCCAUAGACGUAGGCUUACUUGUAGAAUUUUGCAUACCAUAAUCCAAGAAGGUUAUGUCUAUAUAGGCCUACCUUGUGACACGUUCUGAGGCCGAUUUAAUAUAAUAUUCAAAUGUUUUGAACUGUGCAUUAAUAAUGUAUGUUUAGUCCUACAAAUGCAAUCAAUACAUGUGUGUUUUGGGGAUUGCCUGUAAUAUAUUGCUCUCUGUCCCACAGUGAAUCCAAAUUACACAGGGGUGGGUGAGCCUAAGCGCUCGCGGACAGCCUACACGCGACAGCAAGUCCUGGAGCUGGAGAAGGAGUUCCAUUACAACCGCUAUCUGACCCGGAGACGCAGAGUGGAGAUCGCCCACACCCUGGUUCUGUCUGAGCGCCAGAUCAAAAUCUGGUUCCAGAACCGGCGGAUGAAAUGGAAGAAGGACCACAAGCUGCCCAACACCAAGAUCCGCUCCAACAGUAACUCCAACAACACAAACUCGCAAAGCAGCGGGCUCGCGCUGGGGAGCUCUCAGAACCGAACCAGCGGGCCUCCACCGAGCCUAUAG